AGUUGCGUGGUUAUUUAUGUAUUUAUUUAAAAAAAAAAAAAAAGACACUAGUUUGUGGAAAGAAACCUGUAGAAGUUUGAUGAUUGUAACCAGGAGACUGGGAGUGCAUCACGGCCAUUAGCAGCCUUGUAUCUGUGGCUGCCUCUUUGUCCCCUCGCGUGUUGCCGUAGCCGACCUACCGAGUGGGCGUGGUCUGUCUUUUCGCUUAGCUACUCCUGAAAGUUUGCGGAAGUUUGUUCACAGCUCAAGUUGAAGUCAGACGUCAACAGGGUGAAACCAGAAGAUUACGUGUGUUUUUUGUUGUUAUUGUUGCUAUAAUUCAAUAGAUGGACCUGAGCUCAGAGAAAACACAGCGGAUUCUCUCCAAGUAUAAAUUCCGUGAUGUUGCCAUCGAGGAGCUGCAGAAAAUCCAUCGCAUCUUCCCCGGGAUGACGCCGUCCACAGGCACAUACACCUUUACGGACAGCACUCAGAAAGACCUCCUGAAGUUAGUCGGUAACCUUCCUGUUAAGUAUGGAGGACGCUCCUACAACAUCCCCAUCCUGCUGUGGCUGAUGGACUCAUUCCCCAUCACUCCUCCCAUAUGCCUCCUGAGACCGACCGCCAACAUGGUCAUCAGAGAGGGCAAGCAUGUGGACGCUCAGGGACGGCUGUACCUGCCGGGGCUGCACAACUGGGAUUAUCCCAAGUCAUCAGUGGUCGGCCUCCUGAAUGAGAUGAUUGCUCAGUUCGAGGAGGAGCCUCCGCUGUCCACGAGGACCACAGGAGGCUCUGAAGACCCUCACGACCUUCUGGCUUUCGUCUCUAAUCUGAAGAUCACUGAUGGUGGAAGCAGACAUCAUGACCAGCAGCUCAACAAAGUCACAGUUAUCGGGGGAGGAGAUUUAGGAAUGGCAUCAGUGAUGAGCAUUUUAUCGAAGUGUAAAGUGGAUAAACUUGUUUUCAUUGACGUCGCUGAGAGCUCCACCAAAGGCGGAAGCACAGAUCUGGAGAUAUUCAGUCUGCCCAACGUGGAGGUAUCCAGAGAUUUUUCAGCCUCUGUGGGCUCAAAGGUCGUCGUGGUGACCGCAAAUGCAUGGAGCAGCGAGCAGUCGUAUGUAAGCGUGGUUCAGACGAAUGUGGACUUGUACCGAGGAUUCAUCCCAAAUCUGGCACGUCUCAGCCCCAACGCGGUGCUGGUCAUCGCUUCGCAGCCAGUGGACAUCAUGACCCACAUCGCCUGGAGGCAGAGCGGCCUGCCGCCGACACACGUGAUCGGAGCGGGGUGUAACCUGGACUCGGAGCGAGUCAGUCACACUCUGGAUAUUAACCUGAACACCCACAAACCUGCCUGGGUCAUCGGAGAGCUAUCAGACAACAAAGUUGCUGUGAUGAGCAACACCGGGCUGAGCUCCAGUGUGAAGCCAGAGAUCGCAUCAGGGUCUGCCACCACCAAACCGCUGUUAGACAGAGCGUUUGAGAUCGUGAAGAAUCGAGGCCAGCGGUCGUGGUCUGUGGGUCUGUCCAUCGCUGACAUCACAAACAGUGUCCUGACGGAUAAGAAGAAGACUCACUCGGUCUCCACACUGGCUCAGGGCUGGGGCGGCAUAGGCACCGAGGUGUUCCUCAGCCUGCCGUGCAUCAUGGGAGCAAACGGUUCCACGCGUUUGGCCGGAGUGUCACUCGGGCAGGAGGACGACUCCAAACUGAGGGACAGCGUCAGCUCCCUUUCUAACCUCAUGAGCCAGCUCAGGAUAUGAAGAACGUGACUGCUCUCUCAGUUUUGGCUGGACCGAGCAGUCUGGGAGCAGCAGCUGCUCACUGGCUGGGCAGUUCUCCAGUCGACACCUCCUCAGCGGAUGGACUGCGCUGAAGUUUGAAUGAAGUUAACUGCUUACAGUUUUGAUGCAAUGGACAUAACUGCUAUCGUAAAUAAGCAGAAUUUAAUCAUAAGAUUUGUCUGUGUGUUGUCGUCGGAUAAUGUGUAUUAAAAGUGGGUACAGAUGAUUAUAAAUGUCAAUGUACAGAUUGAAAUUUUGUAUCCAGAUGAAUCAGGACUGAGAGGUUAUUCUCUGUGUCUCAUACAUAAUUUACAAUUUGUAACAUGUUAUAUUGAUGCACUAAAAUACCUUUGAAAGCCAUGACACUCUGCAAAAACAUCUAAAGAAUAACGCUUUGAAGAACGAUGUAUAUUUUUUAUAACAGCUCACGUUUAAUUUGGCCGACACUUCUCACCAAACUACGUGAAUGGCUCUGUAAGUAUUUUUAUACUUACCCACUCCUUAAUUCUUUUUGAGAACUCAGAGCGCAGAUAAAGUAUGAGGCAUGUAUAUUAUAUAUAGCACAAGGUGUUGGUGUUGAGUCAAUACAUGAAUGGUUAAAUACAACUCGUGUAUAUAUAUUAAUGGCUUUAAUUGCUGUUCCCAUAUUUAAAUUGACUUUGCACUAACCUUUGUUUACUCUGUGUGAAAGCUGGAACCUAAGACAUGUACAGUGAGACUACACGACUCUGUGGGUGUGCAAUAAAUAUCUGAACUGCG